AUGUUAAUAUUCGAUGACGUAAGAAGGAAAUCAUUCGCAAUAAACCCUGAAACACGGCAUCACACGCUGUUCCAUUUGCAACAAAACGGCGACCAUUCAAUCAUCGAUCGUAUCAACAGGAAACAUCAAAGAGAUGAAAGCGAAGUCAUCAGGUUUCACAGGAAACGAUCUCAAAUAGGUAACAGCAGUUCCAGAAGAGCAGCAACCAUCCCCAUACGCGCAAAUGGUGCAGAUUCUUGUACAGUUUUAUCCGAUUCGUCAAUGGGUACAGAGACAUCAUCAAGAGCAUCUAUACACAACGGCAUUUCAUUUUGGUUUACUGGACCAAGAAAAUCUCACGUGGUUGCAGCUUCAGGAAUCCUCGAGUAUUCUUACAAAGAUCUACAGAAAGCAACAAGUAAUUUCACGUCAAUAAUAGGGCAAGGGGCAUUUGGACCUGUUUACAAAGCUCAGAUGACAACCGGUGAAACUGUUGCUGUUAAAGUCCUUGCAACUGAUUCAAAACAAGGCGAGAAAGAGUUUCAUACGGAGGUUAUGUUAUUGGGAAGAUUACAUCACAGGAACCUUGUGAAUUUGGUAGGAUAUUGUGCAGAAAAGGGACAACAUAUGCUCAUAUAUGUCUACAUGAGCAAAGGGAGUCUCUCUUCUCAUUUGUACAACGAAAACCGUCAACUUUUAGGCUGGAAUUUGAGGGUUCAAAUCGCUCUUGAUGUUGCAAGGGGACUAGAAUAUCUACACGAUGGAGCAGUUCCUCCUGUUAUACACCGAGAUAUAAAAUCUUCCAACAUCCUGUUAGAUGAGUCGAUGGGCGCUAGGGUAGCUGAUUUUGGGCUCUCUCGAGAAGACAUGAUUAAUAGAAAUGCCUCAAAUAUUCAAGGAACUUUCGGGUAUUUAGAUCCUGAAUAUAUAUCAUCACGUGCGUUCACCAAGAAAAGCGAUGUUUACAGCUUUGGCGUAUUACUAUUCGAGCUUAUUGCAGGAAGAAACCCUCAACAAGGUCUCAUGGAGUAUGUUGAGCUAGCGGCAUUGAAUACGGAAGGGCAAGUUGGAUGGGAAGAAAUAGCGGAUUCGCGUUUAGACGGGAAUUUUGAUGAGCGUGAAUUGAAUGACGUGGCGGCACUCGCGUACAAAUGUGUCAACCGUUCACCGAGAAAAAGACCAUCAAUGAGGGACAACGUACAAGUGUUGUCCCAUAUCUUAAAAACAAUACAAAACAAAAGGCAUCAAAAAAGACGUUCCUCAUUAUCAUCAUCAGAAGUUGCUAUCACCAUAGGUCAAUCAGCUCGCCAAAACUCAAUGAAUAGUGAACACCAUCGGGCCGAAUCUAUGGACAGCAUACCCGACUCAGUUGAAGUUUAAAUACUUUUUUUUUUUUUUUUAAAUUCUUUUGAUUUUGUUCAAUUGUCUUGUUUUUUAUUUGUUAUGUAAUAUAUCUGACCAUUUUGACCUAAAGCACAUAGCUCGGGUUUUGGUGUGGUCUUGAUUCGGGAAAGUAGGGUUCAAAUGAAGUCCCUUGUGUAACAACAAAUCGUGUCUCACCUUUCUCUAUCUGGUUGUGGAUGUAAUGCCAAUUUUGUGUAAAGACAGAAAAAUGAUAUUUAGGAAAUAGAAGUGCAAUUUCAC